AUGGACCCCAUGUUUAUCGAAGCCGAGCGUGUCGCCAGCUUCAAGCCGGCGGCUUCGUCGUCGUCGUCGUCGAAGCGCAAGCAGACCCGCUCCGAAUCGCAUACGUGGCCCCACUCGACCGCCAAGAACUCGAGCUUCCCUUCGCCCGCCGCCUUGGCCAGAUACGGCUUCUACUUCGCGCCCGAGGACGGCUCGCCCGAUCGCACCGUCCACUACCUCUACGACACCGCCGUCUCCGGCUGGAGCGCCGGCGACGACCCCCUCGAGAAGCUCGAUGACGUCUUGCCGGACAACGCCUGGUGCCGGAUGUGGCGAAGCAAGGCUGCACUCAGAUCGGUCCGCAGCUCAGACAACAAUGACGGCGACGACGCUGCGCGCUGGACGUGCAGCCAGGCCGAACUGAUGCCCAACAGCAAGCAGAUGGCCGAAGCGAGAAAGGAGACGUUCGCCUCCAGCUGGCCCUACGACGGCAAGAAGGGAUGGAAGCCCACCAGCAAGAAGCUCGCCGAGGCCGGCUUCUACUUCACCCCGACGCAGGGCGAGGAAGAUACGGCCACCUGCCUCUACUGCUCAAAGGCGCUCGAGGGCUGGGAAAAGGGCGACGACCCGAUCCAGGAGCACCGCGAGCGCGAGCCCGGCUGCGCCUUCUUCACCUGCACCCUCGUCGAGUCCGAGGCCAGCGGGUCGGACGCGGACGAGGCUGUCGACGACGCAGACACCCUGCUCGCGCGCAGGCCGAAGCGCGUCGUCUCGACCUACUCAAAGCGGACGGUAAGCCGGGGCAAGGCGGCAAAGGGGCGCGCCGGUGCGGCCCCGCAAGACACCGACAGCGAGGCCGACACCGACGCCGGUGCGAAGCAAAGGAAAGGCGGCGACGACGACGAUGACGAGUCGUCCGCAGCAGACGAAGAAGAGGUCGAGGAGCGACCCAAGCCGGCCAAAAAGGCGGUGCGCAAGGCCCGCACGGCGUCGACGAAGGUCAAGAAGAGGAUAGCGGAUGACGAGGAUGACGACGGCGAUGGCAAGGACGCCGGCCACGACGACGAUGACGACGAUGAUGCCCGCGGUGGCAAAACUCGCGGCAGGGGCAAGGCACAGAAGGAGAAGGAGGCCGCAGAGGACGGCGACGGCGACGACGACGACGACGUCCCCGCCAAGGGCAAGGCGGCCACGGCCAAGGUUGCGAUCGGCAAGGGACGCCCCACGACUGCCAGGGUGACCAGAACGGCGAGCCGAGCCGCUAGCAAGUCCAAAAAGGCGCCCGCUCGGUCACCAUCCGAGUCCGAAGUCGACGGCGAGGCGGGCGCCAGCAAGGCGGAGCCGGAGCCGGAGCCAGAGCCGGAACCGCCCGCGGAGCCGACGCCUGUGCCUAGGAAAGCGUCUCGGACGCGCAGUCGAGCCAAGAAGGCGCAGCAAGAGCAAGAGGCAGAAGAGGCGGAAGAGGUGCCGCCGCCGUCGCCGCCGCCGGUGGCCGAGGAAGCCGUUGAAGAGCAAGAUAUCGAAGAGGCCGGCGCGAAGGCCGACGGCACAGUCGUCGAGCUUGCCUCUGCCGCCGCUUCUGACGCCGGCAUCGACGGGGACGACGACUACGACCUGCCGGAACCCGCCCCGAAGCCCAAGAAGAGGGGCAAGGCUGGCCGCGACAACGACGACGACACCACCGACGUCGAGGCCAGAGGAGGCGGCCGCGACCAAGGCGGCGAGGACCACGACCUGCCAGAGCCCAGCGUGAAGCCCAAGAAGGGCAAGGCGGCCGCAUCGAAGGCCAAGGCCACCAAAAAGGAGAAUGAGGCGACCGCAAAGAAGGCAGCGGCGGCCAAGCCGAAGCGAGGCGGCGCGACGGCCAAAGCGGCGGCAUCGUCGUCGAAGAACAAGAAGAAGAAGGGCGCCGCCGAAGAGGACGCUGCCACCGAGACCGAGCCGGAGACUGAGGCCGACGUCGAGGCGCAGACCGAGCCGGAGCCGGAGUCGGGCGCGGAGACGGACGCGCAAGAGUCGUCUGCGAUCGAAGCCGAGGUCGUCAUUGAGCCCGAGGUGUCACGGCAGCGGCAGCAGCAGCAGCAGCAGCAGCAGCAGCAAGAUGAGGCCAUCGACGACGACGAGCCUGCCGAAGCUCCCGCAGACGAGACAAUCGCGCCGGCCAAAAAGGGCAAGGGCAAGGGCCGCGGCCGCGGCCGAAAGCAGGCGGCGCAGCGCAGCUCCGACGACAACGGCGGCGGCGGCAACAGUGACGACGACGAUGGCAAUGGCGAUGUCGAGAUGCCGUCGUCGGAAGCGGCGGCAGCAGAGGCGCUGAUAGAGCGCUCGUCGUCGCCGGCGCCGCUGCGGUCGCCGCUGGCGCGGCUCGAGUCGCUCAACCGUCUGGAGCUGACGGACGAGGAGCGGUCCAUGACGGUGGGCCAGUGGCUGCAGCUCAAGGCCGACGCCGCGGCCGCCGAGAUGCGGAGCGAGGGCGAGCGGCAGAUCCGUGAGCUCGAGAACCGCAUGGCCCAGGGCCGCCUCACGAUUGAGCGCACGCUGCGCGGCCGAAGGUAG